AUGUCGCUCGCUCCGCUCUCCGUGCCUGAGCACAAGCCCGCGCAGCUCAGUAUUAAUCUGGGCUCCAACAACCCUUUUCGCAACCGUGCCGUUUCUCCUUCCAGCACCUCUCCCAUAUCGCCAAGCCCGCGACCUGAACGACCUCGCUCGACAAAUCCUUUCCUGGAUAAUACUGAUAUGAUGUCGCCUCAAUCUGCCCCAGCUGGGGCUAUUCUGUCACCUUCGAGUGAGAAGCAAACUUUCACGGGCAAUACUGCUGAGCUAUUUGAAAACCUCUCGCUUAAACCUAGCUCAAAGGAGCGUCGACCUGCACCCCCUCCGCCAGAUAAGCCAUCUUCAUCCCGACCCGCCGCUGCUCGGCCGCCUACCUCUCGGCCGCGACAAGAGACUCGAGAUCGCGAGAGAAAUCGAGAUCAGUCGAACAAGAAGCGCGAAGAAGAUCCAUUCGAUAUCUUUGCCGACCCCCCGAAGAAAGAAUCUUCUCGUCCCUCACGACCUCGUGAAGGACGUACUCGCCCUCGUCGAAACUCUGAAUCUUCAAUCAUGGAAAGACCGAAGGCCAUGGAUCCAGAGGAUGAAAGACGUCGACGCGAGAGACGACACCGUGAACGUGAGCGCGAACGUGACGGAAAGCCUCGCUCUAAGCGCGCACCCGGUUAUCGACUGGAUGUAAUUGACAAGCUGGAUGUCACCUCAAUCUUUGGCACAGGAUUGUUUCACCACGAUGGUCCUUUUGACGCAUGCAAUCCUAAUCGCAACCGCAAGGGCUCUAAACAAGCACCGAUGCAAGCGUUCCCUAAAGAUUCGAAGAACAUGGCUCUUGGUGGCGCUGGUCCGAAUAAUUCACGCCUGAAUCUGGAACUCAUUCAUGGCCACACCGCCGAAGGAUAUUUGGAUUAUUCUGCUACUGGCGUUAAGAAAGAGGAAGCCUUUGAUUCAGCUCGUGCCGAAGUUAUUCAUGGUACUGAGAGCAUGGGUCUUGGUACAAGUACUUUCUUAGAGGGCACGCCUGCUAGUCGUGCAGCGAUUCAACGGCGCCAAAGCGAAAGCGAUCAACAACCACCGGCCGGCGGUCUUCAGCGCACCAAGAGCUUGGCACAGAAAUUCAAGGGUAUCAAUCGAACGGGCACCGUCAGGGUCACAUCUCCAGAUAGCACCCAGAGAAGCCCAGCUAGCGCCGGCCCUACUAGUGGCUCCAGCCGAACCCAAGAGAGAAAUCCAUUCUUCCAAGACUAUGAUGAGGCUUACGAUGCAAAGACAGGCAAAAUCGACGAAGCCAGAAUUGGUGGACGGAAUCGAGCAUCUAGCAGCCCGAGAAGGGCAGCUGGCCUGGAGAGAAAAACCACGAACGGAUCGAUCGGUGCAGAAGAGAACAGACAGAACGGCGGUGGUUUCAUGAAUAGGAUGAAGAGUUUGAGACGACCACGACCGGAAAGACGAGUCCCUUCUGAAUAA